CCGACUUCUAAAAAUUCCCAGUCAAAUUGUCUCAUUCAUUUGCAGUACGUGCAUAUCUGGUCUGGACAUUGAAGGCAAGGCCAACACUAUGGAGGAAUUGGAAGUUAAUUGUAUGCAAAUGGCUCCGUUACUUGAAAGCGAAGGAGACAACAAUAGGUUGCCAGAAGUUGGUGGGCUUAUAAAGGAUGCUGCUGCUGAAGAGCUAAAUCUAAAAGCCAGAAUUGAAGAGGCUGAGAAGCUGCUUGCAAAGAUCAGGCAAGAUAAGCUUGAGCUGGCUGAAGACAUAGCGCAAAGGGUGUGUGAUCGAAGAUGUACCCUUCUUCCUCGGUUGAACUGCUUAAUUAGGUAUGGAAGGGGACUCGAAUACUGCUUGACCCUGGAGAGGGAGAAAAUGAAUAUAUUGCAACUAUUUCUGCUUCGUUUUACAGAGAAAGCUAACCAAAGAAAACCAAUUCAGCCCUGCUUGCCAGGAGAAGAGAUAGCUAAACGUAAAUUGAAUUUCAGGAUGGGACACGGAACCAAAAGUUUGGCCAAGGAAAAACAGCUUCUGAAACAGAUCAAUGUGAGCCAGAAGGAGGGUGUUUGUUUAUUUUCCUCACUUGAAGAGGAAUAUCAUAUGCUUCCUGAAUAUUAUUCAUGGCGGCAUUACGAGAGACGGUAUCAGACCAAUCAGAGAAAUAUAGUUCAAUACCGCCUAAGACAAAUCCAACAACUUAAAUGGCAAAGGGAAAGUUUGGCAGUUCUAUUGCAAGGGCAAUGGGAUGAAGCUAUUGCUAAUGCUAGUGGGAAUGCUAAUGCUAAUGCCAAUUCUGCUGCCAAUGCUGCUGCCAAUGCUAUUGCCAAGGGAAACAUUUGGGAUUCUUUGGGUUCAAAAAAGUCCUUACUGGAACAAAUCAAAGUUACUGGUAAGGCGAUAGAUGGAUUAACUAAAUUACUGUUGGCUGUGCGGCCAAAAAUUAACCAAGUUGAGAAUGAAUUGAAGGUCGCUGAGAAAGAAAUAGAGACCUUGCAGAAAAAACUACCAUGGAUUGAUCAGAAGAAAGAUGAAGCACACCAAUGCAUUCACAAACUGAAAAAACAAGAGUGAGGAGAUAUGAUGAGUUAGUUUAGUUAAACACAGUUGGUGUGUUUAACAAGACUUGGCCACUUGGCAGUCAGUCAGCGAGUCCUUGCAAGUUGAGGAACUCCACCCACCAAAUACCAAACCACAUAUUCAUUACCACAACAAGAAAAUGAGAUCGCAAUUAGCUCUAAAAGAAAAAAUGAGUGGAAUAAAAGAUUCAACAUCAAUAUUGCGCAAUUGUAGAAUAACUGUUAUUAUUUCUUAUCGUGUUUCA